AUGCGGCCUGAACCAGCGAGAGGUGGAGUAUUUGCGCAAGUUCAGCCCUCUCACUUGAGAGAUCACCAUGGAGAUGAAGGUCGGAAUGGGGAUACAGACCAUCGUGGGCCUUUUGACACGUCCCGUUUUGGAGAUCAAAGGUCAAGAGUAGACACUAUGCAAGGUCGGUACUCUUCAGGGUCAAGAGGGGAUUCUCAUAAGGAUUUCCCCUAUUUGGAUAUUGAUGAACAUCGUGGACAUAAGCACACUGACCGUAUAAUUAGAGACAGGCAUGUCAAACCACGUGAGGAUCGAUCUCGUGCCUCGUGCUAUGCCAACAGUCCGUAUGAUCGAAAGCACAACAAGUAUUGGAGAGAGAAGAAAUCAGAUAGGUCAAGGGAGCAUCACAAGCAUCCACUGAAUGUGGUUCGAGUUAACAAUGAACGUUUAGCUCCUUAUGAACAAACCGCAAACUCUACGGCCAGGCUUGAUAUUGAGGAUUGA